AUAAACAAGAAAGGUAUCAAUAGUCAUUGAGAAAAUGUCAGUCAAAAGGCACACAAAUUCCACAACAAAAUCCUGAACCACACAAAAACCAGAGGACAAUACUAGUGGUGACGUCGAAGGGAUACUGAGAACAUUGGUCAAAUAUAGCAUGGUAAUAUGGUACUAACCCUUUUAGAAAAAACAAAGACAAAGGAUUUAAUGGGGACAGUUAUUGACUCCCAUUUCUUGGGCCUAACUGCCAUUGUUACAGUGGUUUACCAGUUAAUAUUUUUUAUAAUCACAGCACUUUUCAAGUUUGAUAAAGUCACUGACUUUGCAGGAGGUACAAAUUUCAUUGUGCUUGCAUUAUUAACUUUGAUACUGAAGGGUUCAUGGAAUUUUCGACAGGUGGUUUUGUCUGUGUUUGUCGUGAUAUGGGGCCUUCGGCUGGGGAUAUUUCUAUUAAUGAGGAUAUUACAGUGGGGCGAGGAUAGACGUUUUGAUGAUAAGCGUAAUAAUCUGGUGAAAUUGGCAGUAUUUUGGCUAUUUCAGGCAAUCUGGGUAUGGACUGUUAGUUUACCAGUAACAGUUGUUAAUGCAAGUGACCACCAGCCAUCUCUUCAGGCGGUAGACAUCAUUGGUUGGGUUAUGUGGUCGAUUGGAAUUUUAGUUGAGAUUACAGCUGACCAACAAAAGUUGUCAUUCAAAAACUCUCCAGAGAACAAAGGAAAGUGGUGCAAUGUUGGACUUUGGAAGUAUUCACGUCAUCCCAACUAUUUUGGUGAGAUCUUUCUAUGGUGGGGAAUAUUUGUGGCUUCGACACCAGUGCUAGAGGGUGCUGAAUGGCUCGUUGUGUUUGGACCAGUAUUCUUAACGUUGUUGCUGCUUUUUGUUAGUGGCAUUCCCUUGCUUGAGGAAUCAGCAGACAAGAAAUAUGGAAAUGUAGCUGAAUAUAUAAUAUAUAAGGAGACAACAAGCCCUCUCAUUCUGCUGCCCCCUGGAUUAUAUGGAAAGCUUCCUCGGUGGUUCAAAACUCUAUUCCUUUUUGAGAUUCCUUUGUACAGUCGCAGUCUUUCCCAGAGCUAAGCUGGUAAAUCUUCAAUCUUCUACUAUGGAAAAAAUUUCAUUCUCGAAAUGUGGUUAUCUCAAUUUUUCCGCAACUUUAUUUGUUUUAUGAUUCCUUAAGGUUUUUAUUGUUCGCUUAAGGGAAAACACUCACUUUACUAUCUACAUUGCAUUCCUUAAGGUUUUUAUUGUUCGCUUAAGGGAAAGCACUCACUUUACUAGCUACAUUGCUUUUUGCUGGGAGAAGAGAAUCAAUUUUUGUAGUAUUUAUAUUCGACCCUUAAAUUUUAUAAGUUGCCAAUGACCAAAAGUUUUUUUUUUUUUUCACAAUUGAUUUAGUCCUUGUCUAACACUGGUACAACUUCAGGAAGCAUGUCACAUGAUAGAGCUUGAAACAAACAGAAAGAUAAUGAGUGUUGUCAUGACAGAGUAUUUAGAACUAGUUCAACUGUUGCACAUAUCUGUUCUAGCGCGAAAAUUGAAGAGAAAUAACAGCAAGAUAUCCAAAUAAUCAAAAAUAUUUCAUCAGAUUCUAUCAGUCAUUCAGCCAUAAAAGGCCGCUUCAAAAAGCUAUCACCCCAUUCAUCUCUUCCCUCUUUUCUUCUGCCACUUGCUUCUUUCCUCCAUUUCUCUCCUUUACCUCACUCCAUCUUACGUGCAUAGUUUGUCUAACAUAACUUAGAAUUCGAAGCUAAAGUUAAAGUGAUCUUUAAGUCUUUGUUUCUCCUGCUUCACAGUCAAUGGCCCUUCUCUUUCGACCUUUUAAUCUCAAAAUUUUCUUCAACAACUAGAGCGACUAUGAC